CCGGGGGACGGGGGCACGUACUGCACAUGCGCGGCGGGGCUGACCGCGUGGUUCCAGCGUGCGGCCGCUGCGCCGCCAUUUUCCUCGCUCGCCGCUCAGGGACGGAAAGAAAAACCAUAACGCCGUGUGGAGACCUCCUGGCAGUUGGAGCUCGCUGCAUCGUGUAUUGUCGAGCAGUGGUCCUGGGCUCGCAGGAGGAAGAUGAUGAUGAUGACGACGAGGGUGGUGGUUGUGAGGGUGGACGAGAGCCGGGCGUGUGGGCCGCAGACGCCCGAGCUGGCCUUCGUCGCCGCCUCCCCCGAGAUGCUAGAGGAGUUCCUGGUGGACGUGGCGAAGGAGAAUGAAAACCACCUGCUGAAGCUGCCCCAACACGCCGGCAGCUUCAAAAAGUUAAGAUUAAUAGAAUUUGUUUUCCUUCUCUGUGAGCAAUUGGGCCUUCAUCAUGUGACUAGAUACCAAGCAGUGGAAAUAUUAGACAGGUUUAUGAUUCAAUACAUUGAUAAACUUUAUUCAUCUACGUGCCCAGGUUCUGACAAAGACACAGAAAAAAAUGAUUGGACAUUAACACAGAUUACAAUCCAAGAACACUUUGUUCUACGAAUCAUGUCUUGUGUCCAAAUAGCAAGCAAGAUCUCAUUCCAUUAUCAGAUUGUUAAUAAUGAUAUGGCACUUAAAUUUCUUCAGUCUCUUGGUUAUUCAUACAAAAGGGAAGACCUUCUGGAUUCAGAGCUCCUUGUUCUCAAAACUCUAAACUUUCAAGUCAAUGUUCCUACCCCUUUUACUCACACUGAAAUACUAUUAGAAGUGAUGGGGUAUAAUGAUCCAUCAGUUCCAGUUAAGUACCUGCACAGUAUUUCUCUGAAGGUGCUGACAUUUGUUUACUUAAUGAGGAACACUAUCUAUGAAAAUUUAUUAAAAAUUGCUAUUGAAAAUUCUACACCGACUGACCUCCAGAGAGCAAAAUUUUUGUCCGUAAAGGAAGAUUGCAUGCUCUUAGCCGUUGGAGUUAUUGGAACAAGUGCUUUCAUACUGAACUAUACACCAUGGUGCAAGGUUGUACAGCAACUUGCCUCGAUUAGUGGUGUGACAGAAGAAAGUAUCUCCGAAUUUUCUCAAGUAAUAUUAAAACAAAUUUUUCCAGGAGCAAGCCAUUUGAAAUAAGUAAACAAUUAGCAUACAAUGUAUGUUGCUAAUGUACAAAUUGUGAGUUGAUAAAUUCAUAAUUCACAUAACCUGUGAUAGGCAAUUAAAUUAAACAUUCUUUUCUUAAGAUUAUUUUACAUAAAUUGAUAUAGAAAAUUCUUAAUAUAUUAUGAAUUACUCCGAAUUAAAUAUUUAGAUGCAAAUGCAUGAGUGGAGAUUUGUUUCAUUUUACACAAAAUUUGAUUACAAGUAUACACAACUUAUUUAUCAAGAUAAGUGAUCGAAUUUAAAGGACAAACUUUACAGUACUAUGAAUAAAGGAGG